AUGGGUGUUGUGGACAACCACAUUGAGGUCUUCACGGACGCCUCACUGAGUGGUUGGGGAGGCGUGCUCGGCCACCACUCGACAGGAGGCGUUUGGUCCUCCCCCUUGGGGCACAUCAACCUCCUGGAGUUGGAGGCGAUGCGGGCCGCCCUAGUUCCUCCUUCGACAGACCUCGUGAGAACUGGUCUGCAGGGGGGGUUGUGUGGAGAGGUGUUGGCGCUCUUGGAGAGGCGGCCGGGACACCUCUGCAGUAAGGAUAGGCGCUCUUGGGAGAGGCGGCCUAGGCCCUUCUGCAGUCUGCUUUACACUCCUGGGGAUCUAGUCAGCGCGCUCUUGGGAGAGGCUGCCUGCCUCAGCGCGGAGCCUGCAUCCUCACAUCAGGAGAACGACUCUUCAAAAACAAUGUGUGCAUCUCUGAAGCUCUGUGUGUGUGCGGUGUUGCUGAUGCUCUUCUCCACCGGCCUGAGUCAGAGUGACAGUCGCAGGGCGGUCUCGGAGCACCAGCUGAUGCACGACCGUGGCCGGACCGUCCAGAGUCUCAAACGUCUCAUCUGGCUCUCGUCCGCCAUUGAGGGACUUCACACGGCCCAGACCCGAGCAGUCCACUUGGGGAUGGACCCCGAGCUGGACCCCGAGAUUGACCCCAGAGACCUGAGCCCGGAGGAGACCAGAGACCAGACCAAUCUGAUGAAGAGGCUGAUCCAGGACUUCUUUAAAUCGACCAAAGUCAGAUGUCGCAAAAGCUCCACACAGCUCCCCGGCACACACCACUCCUCCAGGCCGACAGAGAGCGCUUCUGUCCCAGCUGCUCUCCUCGCGAAGUAUCGGUGUGUGGAACCUUGUCCCAUAACUCUGCGGACAUCAGUACAACCUCCAGCCACAGAAGAGAAGCCCAAAGCCGCCCGCAUCCCCCCCAACAUCUCUGCCUUCUCCAACCAGUCACAGCCUGAGCAGAGCGCCUGCAUGAGCGGCCUGGGCCAGCCGCUGCAGGGAGGGGGCCUGCGCUCUCGAAGGGCCCCCAGUCGAGAGGGAGGGCCCUCGGGGGCCUCAGCUGGAGCUAUGGAGAACUGCUGUUUUGGGCCUGGUCUGCUGCGGAGGCUGAUGGAGCUGCCCUCACCACCUCUAUCCAGACACCAGCUGAAGAGGCUGGAGGAGCACAGGUAUAGCUCUGCGGGUCAAUCCCUCCUAGAGCCACUGAUGCAGACUUACUGGGAGUGGCUGGUCUCUCGCGUCCCGUCGUGGAUUGCCCCAAACCUCAUCACCAUCGUCGGCCUGGCAACAAACGUGUUUACCACAUUAGUGCUGGUGUACUACUGCCCCACGGCAACAGAGCAGGCUCCUCUCUGGGCUUAUCUCUUGUGUGCCGUCGGACUCUUCAUUUAUCAGUCGCUCGACGCCAUAGACGGAAAGCAGGCGCGCCGCACCAACAGCAGCUCACCACUGGGGGAGCUGUUCGACCACGGUUGUGACUCCCUCUCCACCGUGUUUGUGGUCCUGGGCACCUCCAUCGCAGUGCAGCUUGGCACACACCCUGAUUGGAUGUUCUUCUGCUGCUUCGCCGGGAUGUUCAUGUUCUACUGUGCACACUGGCAGACGUACGUGAGUGGCACGCUGCGCUUUGGAGUCGUCGACGUCACCGAGGUCCAGAUCUUCAUCAUCUCGGUUUAUCUACUUGCCGCCGCAGGAGGCACCGCCUUCUGGCAGUCCACGAUCCCGCUGCUGAACGUGCAGAUGAAGAUGUUUCCAGCCUUCUUCACUUUCCUCGGAGCUAUUUUCUCCUGCACCAACUACUUCAGAGUGAUCUUCACCGGAGGAGUGGGCAAGAACGGCUCCACCAUUGCCGGCACCAGCGUCCUGUCUCCGGUCUUCCACAUCGGCACAGUCAUCUCUUUAGCCGUGAUGAUCUAUAAGAAGUCUGCGGUGGAGCUAUUCCAGAGACAUCCAUGUCUCUACAUCCUGGCAUUCGGCUGCGUGUCCGCCAAGAUCACCAACAAGCUGGUGGUGGCCCAUAUGACUAAGAGCGAGAUGCACCUACAUGACUUCUCGUUCCUGGGCCCGGGGCUUCUGUUCCUGGAUCAGUAUUUCAACAGCUUCAUCGACGAGUACUUUGUUCUGUGGGCUGCACUGGUGCUGUCUCUCUUUGACCUCCUCAGAUACUGCGUCUCCGUCUGUAACCAGAUCGCCUCCCACCUGCGUAUUCAUGUGUUCAGGAUCACAGCGCCCCCCAGUGCCCACUGA